UGUCAGUACAAAAAGCAAGUGCCUGCGCGCGCUCCUACAUUAUUCGGUGCUAGAACUGAAUCAAAGCGGUUCUACAAUGCGAUUCUAUCACAGCUUCACUUUAUCAUCCCUCAUCCUCAUAUACCUGUUGUCUUACAAUGUACUCGAAGCCUCAACGAAAGGCAGGUACAAGUUUCUGAAGUGCAAACCGGACAGCAAAAAUGCAAACUGUAUGGAAAUGAAGGGCCCGGUAAUCGAUCUGCAUGGAAAAGCUCCAAAAAUUUCCUCUAGAUUCUUAAAUGGCCUCUAUCCUGACUACACCAGUGAAGACAGCACCGAGACUGAGGAGUCUGGAGACGGCUCUGGUGACCUCAACUUACCUGAUUUAAGCCGGAAACAGCGUGACAGCGGUGCAGAAGAGCAGAUCCAAAAUGAGCUGGAAGGAAGCGGCAAUUAUAUCUCUCCCUUGUUUAUGAAACCCAGGCUGUCUGCUAAGGAUCUGCGAGAAGAUAAUAUGAUAGAAUGAGUUGAAAUCUGCCAUCUAAUAUCACUUAAGUCUUGUAUAGACUCUCAGGAUAAGAAGCCCUAAAGCCCCUAAAAUGCUGUAUUAUUUUUCUAUUUCUCAGUCUUUAAUAUGAGCACAAGUUCAUUUGUAUUGGACUACUUUAUGGUCUGUGCUGUAUGUUGUGACAGGAAGUGUUAAUUAUUUUUUGCCCCUAAAGAUAUUAUUUUUAUGAGAGUAAAUGAAUCAGUUGAAAUAAUAUAUAGUAUGAGAGUUUUCAUGUGCUUUGCCAUCAUUUAACAUAUUUAUGUUGUAUCAGAGUUAAUGUUAGAAUAAACUAGAAUUUCAUUUUCUUAAAUAUAAAGUUUUUUUUUUAUUAUUUUCUGCCACUUUAUCUUUGUUUUUUCCUUUAUAAACGCUGUUGGCCCUUGAGGUUUAAGGGAAACCAAUCCUGUGCAAUUGCUCUAAGCUUUUAUCCCUAAUAAUUUGUUGAUAUAUGUACAUCAUUAUUAUUCAAUUGUAAUCAGUAGCAAGUGUAGAAAAUUCACUAGCACAGUUUUAUUAUUUACCUAUAAUGAGGUUUUAUUCCACUGCAUUUUAUUUUUCAAUUAAAAACAUCUAAGGAACA